AUGGGCCGGCUAACAGAGAAGAUAAAUCUGAAUAAGCUCGUGAAAAGACGGUAUCAUACACGAGAAACCCUUGAUCAUGGGCCAAGCGAAGCUGUAAAAAAGGCCGGAGAGUAUGAUAUAUGGGCACCUAGUGAAGUAGGCAGUAGCGAAGAGGAUGAUGGAGAUAGUUUCCUACGACCUAUAAAGAAGAGAAAAAUCAAGGAACCACCUACACUCAAGUUAAAACCUUCAACAUCGGUACCAGCAGUAGCGGAACCUCCACCGGGUGCAAGUUAUAACCCAACUUUCACAGAUCAUCAGUCUCUACUUCGCGAAGCUCACGAAGAAGAGUAUCGCAGGGUUGAAGCCAUUGAAAAUUUAAAUUCUAAACUUCCCACUUUCACCGAAGUGUCAUCAUCGGAAACGACAGCUAUGAGAAACAGAAUAAAGCGAAGGGUGGAGCGAGAGAGACUGGAAGCGGAGAAAAAAUUUCAGAAAAAGAUCAAUAACGAUUUGGCAAGAAUAACUGAUAUCGCCAAACAGGUUAAAACCGAAGUAGCAAAACGUGAGAAAAAGCUCCAAGAAAAAGCCAAGUUGAUCGAAGAGAGCACAAAACGUCCCCCUAAGAAGAUAGGAAAAUAUCGAGUCCCUAAACUCCCAAUAGAUGUGCAAUUAUCAGAGGACUUGUCGGAAUCUCUAAGAACUCUAAAGCCAGAAGGUAAUUUAUUCGCAGACAGAAUGACUAGUUUACAGCAGAGGAGCAUUAUCGAACCAAGAGUUCCUAUCAAGGCUCGGCGCAAAAGACGACGCAAACCAACCCAAGAUGACUGA